AUGAAUUUCUUAUUAUCAAUUUUAUAUGCGGCUUGCACGGUAUCCGCCGCUGCUUUACCAGCAACCACCACUUCCUCAGUUGAUCUUUUCCCAACCAACAUCGGUUUCCUCGGGGUUACUGCUACUUCCGAGGCCCCAUUCUUGGCACAAACUGACCGUGCUGCCAUCACUUAUGGUACCCCAACUUCUUCCUACACCCUCCCUCAACCAAUCGAAACCGCUAUCCAAGCCAAGGACUCUGCUCCUGGUGAUCGUAACAUCUUCGAAUUGAUGGGUACCAUUUCUCCAUACUAUGUCGGAGAAGGCUGGGGUAUUUAUGAUUACGGUAUGCCAGAACAAUGUUCCAUCAAACAAGUGCAUGUUUUGGCCAGACACGGUUCUCGUUACCCAACCCACAAAAUGUCUACUGGUACCCUUCUUUCCGACCACAACUACACCGCCACUGGUGAACUUGAAUUCCUUAACGGUUACGAAUACGUCCAAGGGGUCAAUGUCCUCACCAAGCUCGGUAACCAGCAAUUGUUCGAUAAAGGUGUGAGAACUUUCUUCCGUUAUGGUGAUCUUUACCAAUCCUGGGGUGCCAACAACACCACUCCUCACAAGAUGGUUGCCCGUACCACUUCUCAAGAACGUAUCACCGCCACUGCUGAAUACUUCCUUGCCGGGUUCUUCGGUCUCGACUGGCAAAACUACGCUGAUUUGGAAAUCAUUAUCGAAUCCAAUGGUUACAACAACACCAUGGCAUCCGACAGUUGUCCAAUCUCCAACAACCUCACCGCUUCUGACCCUGACACCACCAAGUUCAAGAAGCAAUAUCUUGCCAACGCCGUGGAAAGAUUCAAUGCUAACCUCACUGGUUUGACCUUGACUACCGACAUUGUCUUUGACAUGCAACAACUUUGUACUUAUGAAGUCAACAACAACGGGUUCUCUCCAUUCUGUUCCCUUUUCACCCAACAAGAAUGGGAAGAUUACGAAUACUUGUUCUCUUGGAACUGGUACAACGACAACAUGUUUGGUUCUCCUGUUGGUCGUGCUCUUGGUGUUGGUUGGGUUGAAGAAUUCAAGCAACGUUUGCUCGGAUCCAACGAAUUUGACUGGUCCACUCUUGCUUCCCAAAACACCACCUUGGACGCCAACCCUACUUACUUCCCAACUAACCAAUCUCUUUACUUUGACUUCUCCCACGAUUCUGACAUUUCCAACAUCUUUACAGCUUUGGGUAUGAACCAAUUCAAAUCUAACUUCACCAUCGAUGGUAAGUUGGGUUCCAAAGAACAACCAUUGGAUGCUUCCACCGUGGUUCCAUUCGCCUCUCAAACUUAUUUCGAAGUCAUUGAAUGUUCCGCUGCUAUUCCAGCUAACAGAUCCAUCAUCUCCGAAUACGAUGUUAAUACCACCGAAACUACCAAGUACAUCCACAUGAUCCUUAACGACCAUACCAUCAACUUGUCAGAAAACUUCCCAGACUUCUGUGAACCAAGAGAUGACGGAUGGUGUGAAUUCUCCAAAUUCAUGGACCAUUUGGACACUUUGUACGAGCUUUCCGACUUUGAUAACGCUUGUUACACCGGUGAUUAUGACCUCAAUGCUUUUGUCACUGACGGUCACCCAUGA